UUUUUAUUUGUAGUUGCCAUCCAGAGAAUUUAUUUUCUAGUAUCAAUAUAUUAUGAAUUAAAGUCAAUUUUGAAACUAAGGGCAUGCUUUAGAAAUGAUACACAAGCUAUGAUUUUGGAGUCACUUUAGUGAUAAUGGUAUAUAGGUGAUAAUGAUAAGGAUGUCUGCUACUCAAACUAAGGGAAGAGGUCGCCCUGCGAAAGUGAAAGCAUGCUGCACUUGGUGCUCAGAAAGACAAUCAUUGAAAUAUAUAUUGCCGACACAAUUUGGUAAAAAGGAAUUUUGUUCUGAAACUUGUCUUUCAGCUUUUCGUAAAGGAUGUAAUAAGGGAACGUGUGCUAAGUGUGGAAAUGCUUUGAGGGGCUCAACUCAUAAAAUUGAACUGAGUGAUUCUUCUACUAAACAGUUUUGCUCUGCUGCUUGCCUUGAAGAAUUCCAAAGAAGUAAAGAGAGUGAGACUGUCGAAAUUAAACAUGGAGAUAUCAAGACUGCUUCUAACCCAGAGCCUCCUAAUGGAGUGGUAUCACCAACCUCUACGACACCAACUGCUGUUGUUACUCCUCCUCCAAGGCCACCUAGCACACCUAGCCCUACUCCCUCUGCUACAUCCACUACACAUACCACAAGCAGCCUAAAUACAUCUGUGACUAAUAGUAGUAAUACCAGUGGCACUGCUCUGAGUCCAUACCCGCUCUUUCCGUGCCCAACCUUUGAUUGGGAUGGGUACCUGAAAGAGACAAACAGUAUAGCCGCACCAGCCCAUUGUUUUCAACAGCAUGUUGUGCCUCCUAUUAACAACUUCAAAAUUGGAAUGAAGCUGGAGGCUUUGGAUCCAAGGAAUUUAACAUCAACAUGUAUAGCCUCUGUUGUUGGCAUUCUUGGUCCUCGAUUACGCCUACGUCUGGAUGGCUCAGAUAAUAAAAAUGAUUUUUGGAGGUUGGUAGAUUCUAGUGAAAUACACCCGAUUGGAUACUGUGAAAAACAUGGUGGCAUGCUUCAACCUCCAUUAGGAUUUCGAAUGAAUGCUUCUUCUUGGCCUAUGUUCCUCCUGAAGACUCUCAAUGGAGCUGAAAUGGCACCUCAUAAAGUAUUUCUAAAAGAACCAGUUUCUCCACCUGCAAAUUUAUUUAAAGUUGGUAUGAAACUCGAAGCAGUAGACAGAAAAAAUCCACAACUAAUUUGUGCUGCAACUGUGGGUGAAGUCAAAGAUGAUACCAUUCAUGUGAACUUUGAUGGCUGGCGAGGCGCUUUUGAUUAUUGGUGUAAAUAUAAUUCAAGGGAUAUAUUUCCUGUGGGAUGGUGUGCAAAGAGUGGUCAUCCAUUACAACCUCCAGGACAGAAGGGUGUUACUGGACCUUCUCGAUACAAGGCUCGUGUGCUCAGUUUUCCUCCACCAGUGGCUGAUACAUCGUCUUCUCCGACUUCGACAACGAGAAACACAGCCUCACCUCCACAGGAUAUGAUUUCUUCCUCAGUUCCUAGUCUGGUUUCACCUUCACCACCUGUUGUUAUUCCUCAACCUCCUCCAUCAGAACCAGAAGAUAAGCCUCUAAACCCAACUGCUGACAGCGAAGCUACACCCACUCCUCAGCAACCACCAAACAACCAAAUUGUUGAACGUACUCAGAGCCCACCAACAGCAGUUAAGAGACGGUUUUCUGCUGAUAAUUCUCCUGAUAGUGCUUCAGAAAACACUACAGUAAAGCAGCCUAGGAAAACUGUACCAGCUGAGUUGGAGGCCGCUACUUCAACCACACCUACUACACCCAGUGAGUCCAAAUUGGGUGAUCCUACUGACAACUGGGGAAUUGAAGAUGUAAUAACUUACAUUGCUUCUGUUGACCAGGCUUUAGCCGUACAUUCAGAACUCUUCAGGCGGCAUGAAAUUGAUGGUAAAGCUUUAAUGCUCCUAAACUCAGACAUGAUGAUGAAGUAUAUGGGUCUGAAAUUGGGACCAGCUCUCAAAAUCUGUAACUUGAUCAACAAGAUCAAAAGUGGCUCUUCAAAGCGAUAUUCUAACAUUCCUUGACAGCAAUAUAAGUACCUGUAAAAUUAUCGGAAGUUUGCACGGAUCUGAUUCCUUUCUAGCCUGGGUUAUCUUUCUCGAGUUACCAAACCCCUGGCAAACAUUUUAAAAGAGCAAUGUCCUAACGAAAAUUCAUGAUGCUGUUUGACAUUUAAAACAAAAGUACAGAGAAAAUGAAGUAACUCUUGAUUGACACCAAACACACCAUCAUUACUAGCACUGUUCGCAAUUUUACAUAUUGAUUUGUGGUGCUCAUUGAUGACUUUAGGAAGGUUUAAAAGUUGACCUUUAGUUGUGGUGUGUUUUGUUUUAUUUGAUUGUGUUUUUCUUAUAAAUCCUCAUUGUAUGAGGUUAAGAUGUUUUAAUUUAUUAUUUGUGUUUCUUUCUUUUUUAUUUUAAUUUUUGUUGAAGCAUUUCUUAAUGCUCGUAUUGUGAUAUAAAAACAAGUUUAUAUUUGUUAUAAAUAUUGUUCGCAUUUAAUGUUAUUAUUUACUUAAUGAUUAUUAAAAGAUUGGUUUUAUUUUAAUAUAAGGAUGAGCAUCGUAAGCAAAUUUGUUUCGAUAUUCAUACAACAGAAAAAAAAAAAGAACUAUUGUGUCAUAUUGUUUUACUUAUUCCUAUAGCUUAGAUUUAUCAUCUUAUAAUGUUAGUUUUACAUCAGAUUGAUGCAUUGUUUUCUUUUUGUUAUUAAAUGGGAAUAAUAAUUUAUUUUAUAAUUUAUAUAUUACACAAUAAAUUUUUUCAGUUACUUUUAUUUCAGUGACUGAUGAUCAUUAACGGUUUGAUUGUUAUUGCUUGUGAAAUAUAUCUUUGACUGAUGUACUCCAUAGAUUUUGAAGAUUGUAGUUGUAUAAGUUAUUCAAACAUCUAAUAGUAAUACCUAUCAAUAACUAUGAGAAUUGCUAUGUUAAUUUAUAUUUUGCAAGUACAGUGUUAUUUAUUAUAUAUUUCAUUAGGGAAAUGUGUUAAUAUUAAAUAUGCAUAUAUUUUCUUCUCUGUAAAUCGAUUUUUAAAAAAUCUUGUACCAAAAGUUGUA